AUGUCUGGACCAGUUGUCAAAAAUUGUUUGAAUUGUCGAAUUGCGUUGGGCGAAAAUACAAAUGGGUAAGGUUUUUUGUGAAAAAUCGGGGUUUAAAAAUUACAUUUACAGAGCCAUUCAAUGCCCGAAAUGUCAGAAAAAUGAGGCAAAAUAUGGAAAAGUUGGUUUUUUCGGGGAUUUUUGGGGAGAAUUGAUAGAAAAAUGAUGGUUUUCAACUAGAAAAAUCUGAAACCGCCGGAAAUUUAUUGUUUGUCAUCUAAAAAUCGUGUAAAAUCAAUAUUUUAAUUUAAAAAUGAUUUAACUAUCCAAGAAUCUUCAAUUUCAGUCUGAAAAAUAGUGAAUUCGGAUUUUUUCAGCCUGGAGAUAAAAAAUAAUCAAAAAAUUAUUGAUUGACGUUAAUUUUGUGACGCGUGAACUUGAUAAUUUGAUGACGUGGCAAUUUAAAAUUUUUUUAUUCAUUUUUCGAUUUUUUGUUAGCCGAAAAGGUGAAAUUAUUGAUUUUCCCGCUCAAAUUGUAAAAAAUCACAAAUGUAGCUUAUUGUUAUCAUUUUCAACAUUUUUAUAUGGAAAUUCACAAAAAACAAGAUUUUUCAGCUAAACUUUAUCAAAAAUCACAAAUUUCGUCUCAUAAUUUAUCGAUUUUCCCAUUUUCCAUCUAAAAAACCUUAUUUUUCCAGGCAACAGUAUGUCAAUUUUGCAAAUUGAAUGCGGCAUUUCACGAGAAAAAGUGUGUUUGGUGUGCACAUUCCGAAAGAAAAUUCGGCGACCCAAUUCAUUGCGCAAAUUGUAAAUUGAAGUGUGCAUUUCCGAAAAACUCGAAAGCCAGGGUGAGAUUUUGGGGUUCUUGAAGGAUUUAAAGUAUUUUGAGCCGAAUUUCGAUAAAAAUAGUUAGUUUUUAUGGUUUUAUGCUAAUUUUUAGCUCAAAAAUCUCCAAAUUUUAAGCCAAUUAUUAAUUCAGAAAGCUGAAAAUCAAAGCCUGUGUCGUUUAUGUAUAAUGCAAGCUCGUCAAACCAAACAAACACAUUUAUCUGGUAUUCCAGUUCCAUUGGAUAGUAAAGAGAAAAAAGAGAAUCAAAAUGGAGGAAGUUCACAUAAUCAUUCAUCAUCUUCCAAUAAAAAUAAGAGAAAACAUGAAAAGGUAAGGCGAAUUGGGAAGAAAAUAAAGAAAAGGAGGAUUUUGACACUGAACUUCGAAAAAUAUCUGAUCUCAUGUUUUUAAUUUUCAAAAAAUUUCAAAGAUUUUCACCCAAUUAUCAGAAAAAUCUUGAAAAUUGAUUUUUUCCAGGAAGAAUCAACGCCCGCAAAAUAUGGCCGACCUGGAACAACAACCACAACAAGUCUCAGCGCAAUGGCGGCCGAAGUUUUGCCCGAUUUCGAAUCGCAAAAUAAAAUUCAGAAAUUGAAUGAUGAAAUUGGCCGAUUGAAUGCGGUUAUACAAACGAAAGAGACGCAAUUGUUGGAAAAGGAUAAAAUUGUGAGUGACUCGCGAUUUUUGAGAUUAAAAUUGGGGGGGGGGGAUCUGAAAAUUUUGAGCUGAAAGUGAGCAAGUCUGCUCAAAAAUUGAUAAUUUUUAGGCACUAAUUUUGAACAAGUUUGUAGAUUUCAAACAUUUUCUGAUAUUCUUUUUUUUUAAUUCUUGCCACGUGGAUUUCUGGCGUCGAAAUCAAAUUUUUUUGAGCCUAACAAGGAAACCUUUUUUACUCAACACUUCAAAUCUUGAUGAAAUUUUGUCCAUAGAUAGCUUUUGGGGUCAUAAGAACACCCUAAAAAUUUUAGUCUCCCAAUGGACCUCUGAGCCAAGUUCUGGGCUCUCAAAAGUUCGAAAAUUGCCAAAAUUGGCUCAUAAAACACGUCAUAACUCAAUUUUUGAUAAUUUUUAUCAAAAACUGAGUAGCAGAUGAUGAUCAGCGUGGUCGAUUUACCCAAAAAGCAUCAAUAAAUCAAAUUUUUAGAAAAAAUUUUGAUUUUGAAAAAAAAAGAAUGAGCAGGGGCACAUAUGAAUUUUCAUGAAUUUUCAGCCGAAAAAUAAAAAACUUCAAAAUUUUUCGAAAUAAAGUUUUUUAUUGAUGUACUUUUGGGUAAUCGACUAUGCUGAUCAAUAUCUGAAACUUCAUUUCUCCCAAAAAAAAUUUUGAAAUGGUGCUAUGAUGACUUUUAUGACCAUUUUUAGGCCUUUUUUGAACUUUUGAGAGCCCAGAACUUGGCUCAGAGGUCCAUUGGGAGACUAAAAUUUUUAGGGUGUUCUUAUGGUCCCAAAAGCUGUUCAUGGACCAAAUUUCAUCAUGAUUUUAAGUGUUGAGUAAAAAAGGUUCCCUUGUAAGCUUUUGCCACGUGUAUUUUUUUCAACUCAAAUUUAUUUUGCAAAUUUGCAGAUCAGCAAUCUGAAAGCCGACAAUUAUAAUCAAGAGAAAAAACAUCGUGAACGUGUUCAACAAUUGCAAAAAGAAAAAGAGGAGAGUAUUCGAAUGAUUGAACAAAUUAGAAAUAAGGUACGGUCGAUUUUUUUUGUUAGCGCAAAAAUUUGCGAUUUUUUGACACUAAAUAUGUCUGAAAGUUUGAACUUUGUUAGACGAUUAGGGCCAACGGUUAAGAGUAAAGCCUUGAUCCGUAAGCUCAAAAAAAUAGUCAAAAUUUUCAACUCCUAUGCAAUUUUUUUUCAGGCCAGCAAAAAAUGA